AUGAAGCCUUCACCAGCGCGCUUGCUUAACAUCCUAGUACCUGUAAAAAGGGCGGUGGAUUAUGCGGUCAAGAUCCGCGUGAACCCCCAACAGACGGGCAUCGACACAAAUGUUAAGCAUUCUAUGAACCCCUUCGACGAAAUUGCGGUGGAGGAAGCCGUUCGUCUCCGAGAAAAGCACAAGGACGCCGUUAAGUCAAUCAGGGCGGUCACCAUCGGUCCUCCAAAAUCCGUAGAGACGCUCCGAACAGCCCUCGCCCUAGGUGCCGACUCUGCGGUGCACGUUCAAGUCCCAGAGGCAGCCCCGAGUCCCGAACCGCUGGCAGUAGCCAAGACAUUGAAGGCUCUCAUCGAGAAACACAAUGCGGAGGCUAGCAAGGACGGACCGAUCGACCUGGUUAUCCUGGGCAAGCAGGCCAUUGACGAUGAUAUGGGUGUGACUGGACAACACCUCGCCGGAUUGUUGGGGUGGAGCCAGGCGACGUUUGCGAGCAAACUUGAGGUGGAUGUGGGGAAGAACGAGGCAUUGGUGGUUCGGGAGAUUGAUGGAGGAGGUGAGGAGGUGCGGUGCAAGCUGCCUCUGGUAGUAACGACGGAUCUUCGGCUAAACGAACCCCGCUACGCCUCCCUGCCCAACAUCAUGAAGGCCAAGAAGAAACCAGUGCAGACGCUCUCUCCUUCCGACCUUGGUGUCGACUACACACCCCAGCUCGAGACUCUCAAAGUCACCGAGCCUCCGAAACGCGUCGGUGGUGGUAAAGUCGCCAACGUCGACGAGCUGAUCGCAAAGCUCAAGGAGGCGGGGAUCGAGGCUGCCUAA